UUAAACAUUUAAAACUUUCUUGAUCUUUAAACGACUUAAAACAGUUUUGGGGUGAAGAUUUCAUCGCAUUGAUUCAUGGGAGGCCAGGCUAUCGCCUGUUCUUCUCGACUCUCCUCCAUCUUACGUUAAAGCAUUUGGUAGCAGUCAUGGCUCUUCUUUCAUUACGUUUGGCUUCUGUUGUUGCGAGACAAGUUCCAAAUGCUACUCCCCAGAUCAGCAGUUUGGCAUGGCCUGCAGCUCAGCUUGCAAACCGCAAGUUUCACAUCUCCUGCAGCCAGAGGGCAGCAGAAAUCUCCUCGAUUCUGGAGGAGAGAAUUUUAGGUUCAGCCCCAAAAUCUGACCUAGAGGAGACAGGCCGUGUGCUAAGUAUUGGUGAUGGUAUUGCAAGAGUCUACGGUCUCAAAAACAUCCAAGCAGAGGAGAUGGUUGAAUUCUCCUCUGGAUUAAAGGGUAUGGCCUUGAACUUGGAACCUGACAAUGUUGGUGUAGUAGUAUUUGGUAAUGACAAGCUUAUUAAGGAGGGAGAUAUUGUGAAGAGAACAGGUGCUAUUGUAGAUGUACCUGUUGGUGAAGAUAUUCUGGGUCGUGUUGUGGAUGCUUUGGGUAAUCCUAUUGAUGGAAGAGGCCCUCUUAAGACCACAAAGAGGGCACGAGUUGGUGUCAAGGCACCUGGAAUCAUCCCUCGCAUUUCUGUGCGGGAGCCCAUGCAGACCGGAAUCAAAGCUGUGGACUCUCUGGUGCCCAUUGGCAGAGGCCAGCGAGAACUGAUCAUUGGUGACAGACAGACAGGAAAGACUGCGUUGGCAAUUGAUACCAUUAUUAACCAGAAGCGCUUUAAUGAUGGUGAAGAUGAAAAGAAGAAACUGUACUGUAUUUAUGUUGCUAUUGGCCAAAAAAGAUCAACCGUUGCCCAGAUUGUGAAGAGACUUACUGAUACAGGUGCUAUGAACUACUCUAUCAUCGUGUCAGCUACUGCCUCUGAUGCUGCUCCCUUGCAGUACUUGGCUCCCUAUUCAGGCUGUGCUAUGGGAGAGUUCUUCCGUGAUAAUGGCAAACAUGCAUUGAUCAUCUAUGACGACUUGUCUAAACAGGCUGUUGCCUACCGUCAGAUGUCCCUGCUGCUGCGUCGACCUCCUGGCCGUGAGGCUUACCCAGGAGAUGUGUUUUACCUGCACUCCCGAUUGUUGGAGCGUGCUGCCAAGAUGAACGAAACUAAUGGUGGAGGCUCUCUCACUGCCUUGCCUGUCAUUGAGACUCAGGCUGGUGAUGUAUCUGCUUACAUUCCAACCAAUGUAAUUUCCAUCACUGAUGGUCAAAUCUUCUUGGAAACUGAGUUAUUCUACAAAGGUAUCCGACCAGCCAUCAAUGUAGGUCUAUCUGUAUCUCGAGUAGGGUCUGCUGCCCAGACCAGGGCCAUGAAGCAGGUGGCUGGUUCCAUGAAACUGGAGUUGGCUCAAUACCGUGAGGUAGCUGCCUUUGCCCAGUUUGGCUCUGAUUUGGAUGCUGCCACUCAACAACUGCUGAACCGUGGUGUGCGUCUGACAGAAUUGCUGAAGCAAGGCCAAUAUGUGCCUAUGGCCAUUGAGGAACAAGUUGCUGUCAUUUACUGCGGAGUCAGAGGUCACCUGGACAAGUUGGAUCCCGCAAAGAUUACCUCAUUUGAGAGGGAGUUCUUGCAGCACAUUAAGGCCACUCAGAAACCUCUGCUGGAGAGCAUUGCCAAAGAGGGCAAGAUCACAGAAGAUGCUGAUGCCAAACUGAAGAAGAUUGUGGCAGAGUUUCUUAUCUCCUUCCAGUCUUAAAAUGGGUUUUAGGCAAUAGAAAUAAAGAGACUCAUUUUGUGUACAAAGUUCAGUGCAGCGACACCCAAAAAGUGUAUCUGUUUAUACUUGUUAGAAACGGAUGAAAGACUGUCUUAUUGAAACAUUAAAGUUAUUUAAGUGUAUGGAAUGCAUUUGUACAUUUGUCAUAGUGAUCGUUAGCUGUAAUUUGUAGCUUCACCCUCCCUUGUUAAUAAAGCUACAAACAAUGUUAGCCUUUUCGAAAUUUUUUAAUAGAACAUAAGUUCACCGCUUCAAACUGGUUGCCAAAUUCCUCUGUUUGAAAACUUCAACUGUAACAGAUUUUAUCAAGUAAAAAGAUGCUUGCUGAAGAUGGAGAGUGAGUAGGUUUUUCUUCCUAAAUAGCUCAAUUAUUCAUGUGGUAAUUGUAAAAGUGCAAUAUUUUUUUGUUGAAUGCUUGGAUAAAUUGUAAUUUUUUUUAUUGCUGUGGUAAAUUAUAAGAUGUCAAAUCUUCAAUAGAAUUUUUAUUUAAGUGGGAGGGGACAUGUCGUCUAUACUUAUAUUGCAGCUCUCAAAUGUUGGGUGUCUUCUAAAAUGCUUGUAGAUAAACAUUUGACUCUUGAAUACACCUAUUUUACUUUGGGUAUAAUUUAGAGGUAACUUAAUUCACGUAAACAAAAAUGACAACUUCAAUUUCCGUUACUGCAUUUACUUGAAUACAGGAAGAGCGUUGUUUCCAGUUCUCUAAAUAUGUUAGUCUUGUCUUGAUUUACUAUUGAAUUAGUCUUCACAUAUCUUAAUUUGUAACACCCAAUCAACAAAAUUGUAAAUGAAGGUCUACAAAGAUAGCAUUUUGUAGAUUAUGGAUGUAACAAACUAAAGCUAGUUAUGAAGACAAUAAGGGGAUGUAGGUGUGUUGUGUUGUAGUUUGCAUUUGCACCAGUGUGAUUAAGACUUCAACAAAUUUUACAUAUUUAAAGUGAAGGGCAAUUUGAAUUCUCUUGGUUGGUAGGUGCAAGGGACUAGAGAUCUAAACCACUAAAACUUAUCCAAAUAAAGUCAAAUAUUGGCAAGUUUUUAUUCAUGUAGAGAGAAUAAAU